AUUGUGAACAAUUAUGUCUUUGUCGGGCCUAAAGAAACAGUACAAUAAAGCCAAUCAGUUUGUGAGCGAACGUAUCGGCGGAGCGGAGGCCACAAAAUCUAGCGAUUAUUUUGUUGAGUUGGAAAAGAAAACAGAUAUCACUCAACACGUGGUCCAUGAAAUGCUCGACAAAACCCGAGACGUGUUAUAUCCGAAUCCCGCAUUGAGAGCCCGAGUGGCGGUCAAUACAAAAUUAAUGGGUAACAAAAAUGACCGAUAUGUGCACCCGGAGCUUGAGUUGGCUGACAGUAUGUACCGAUACGGAAAACAGUUCGAUAAUGAUAAUACUUUCGGUCAAAGUUUAGUCGAUAUGGGAGAGACACUCAAAAAGUUGACUGACAUUAAGUACAGUUUUGAAGAUCAAAUAAAAGACAAGUUUUUGGAUCCAUUAAUGCGUUUGCAAUCAAAUGAACUGAAACAAUGUCAGUCUCAUCGCAAAAAACUUGAGUCCAGACGUUUAGACUAUGAUUGUCACAAACGAAAGAAACAAAAGGGCGGAAAUGUUUCGGAGUUGGAUCUGAAACUAUCAGAAGACAAGUAUAACGAGUCAUAUGAGUUGGCAUCCAUGGCAAUGGAGAACCUGAUGGCACUCGAAAUGGAUCAAUUGAUACACAUGACUGCUCUGUCUGAGGCACUCUAUGAUUAUCAUAUCAAGUGUGCAGAUGUAUUGAAAAAUGUUGUCAAUCACUUGAACAGUAAGUCUACGCCAUCCACACCAUUGCAAACACCUAUUUAUUCAAAACCCAAUACAUAUCCCGAUCUGUGGCCAACAACUGCUCAAAAAUCACAGACAUUGCCAAAGACAACUUAUUGUCCAAAACCGACAACUUAUUCUCAGAAACCAACUGAUCCUCCAAUGAAUACAGUAAACCAAUACAGAGGUGUUGUUGAGUCAGUUAAGUUCAUCAAUAAACAAAACAAUGUAGUGAUGGGCGCUUCCAAACCAUCCAUAAGAAAUAAACCGAUUUUGCCGACGACAGCAAAACCAAUGUUUGUGCCAAAGAAACCCAAGUGUCGAGCGUUGUAUGACUUUGACGCACAAAAUGCCGAUGAAUUGACUUUAAGAACAGGAGAUAUCAUUGAACUGAACAAACGAGUCGACGAUAACUGGUUUGAGGGCACACUUAACGGUCGCACCGGACUAUUCCCUACCAAUUAUGUCGAUGUCUUAAUUCCUCUCAAUCAGUGAUAAGCAAUGCAUAGGAUUUUUACUCAAUUACUUAUUCAAUAUAUUAAUUGUUGAAGUUUUCAAAGUUACAUCAAAAUGACAAAA